AUGAAAUUGGCUAUCGUUGUCCUCGUCUUUGCUACGCUGGCAUAUGCCCUAGGGGAGGAUCUUCCUGCCUGUGUCCUUCCAUGUUUAGAAAAAGGAAUGGAGAAAACCAGCUGCAAAAAGGUUAACUGGCACUGUAUCUGCUUGGUCCGACCUGUGAUUCACAGUGCUGGGGGAAGCUGCGCCUUGAAUAAAUGUGGCAUGGAUACUAUUCUAAGUAUGGUCCUCUUUGUAGGGGAGAAUGCUUCAGCUAAUUGGUUAUAUAGCUAA